UUGAGUUAGCGCAGGGGGGGUAGAGGCUAGUUGAGUUACCGCAGGGGGAGGUAGAGGCUAGUUGAGUUACCGCAGGGGGAGGUAGAGGCUAGUUGAGUUACCGCGGGGGGAGGUAGAGGCUAGUUGAGUUACCGCGGGGGGAGAACGAGGCUUGUUGAGUUACCGCGGGGGGAGGUAGAGGCUAGUUGAGUUACCGCGGGGGGAGAACGAGGCUUGUUGAGUUACCGUGGGGGGAGAACGAGGCUUGUUGAGUUACCGCGGGGGGAGGUAGAGGCUAGUUGUGCCUCUAUAUUAAGUGCCAAGGUGUACAUUAGGGUCUGGGGUUAGAGAAUGUGCAUUGGUGCAGGGUCCAUGUCAGCAAAUGUUCUAUAUUCAGACCUCUGGUGAUAACAUGUCCUAUAGCUGCCAUUCUCAGAAUAAUUUCAACCUGGACGAUGACCACCCCGCAGUCAUCCAACAAUAUAGAAAUCAGAAUAGUGGGGCUUACUUAUUUCAACCUGUUCAGAACACAAAACACAGAUUACCAGAAGAGAGAAACAAUAGACAGUCACACAGUCCUGGACAAAGAGAAGAGGCAUAUUGUGCGCAUUUACAGUAGAGCUGCAUUGAGCAGGUGAUACUGGAACUAUCCUGAGGGGUGUACCGUAGGUGUGGUGGAUAGAUUAUGCUUUACAUAGGGAGAGACUGUUCCAGACUGGCAAGAACUCUAGAGAUGCUGAGAGAGCUGGAGGGAGGGAGAGAGAGAGGGGUGGUGGGGUGCAGAACACACCCAGAGCCAGUGAACAGAAUGUUUAAUAACCAGGGGUGACUGGUGUGUCUGUGUUCCAGAGUAUAGAAGAAUAGAAUAGAGAAAGAUCAGGAGCUGAGAGAACACCCUCUGGUGUUGGUAGUGUUGAUGUCACUAUAGGAGGAGCUCUCUGUCCACUCACACCCAGUCCAACCCUGGUCUUCUCUUCCUUUCCUCCUCUACUCCUCUGGGAUUGACCUGACCCCUAUUCCUCUCAUCUCCCAUUUCUAUAAUUUCUUCCUCCUGUCCUCCGUGUGGAGCAGUGCCACAGAGCCAUGCACCCCCAGCGUCCUCUCCCCCAGGCAAUGCCCUCCUCCCUCGGGCAGAACCUGCGUGACAUGGCCAUGGGCCUAGGCAGAGGGAAGAACUUCCUUGGUGGGAACAUUGCCUACGGCUUCAUCCAGUCCCUCAAGGAGUGCCUCUACUUCGUACUCUGCUGCUGGUGCAUCAAGGAGAUACUGGACUGACUGACUGAGACACUACGAGGGGGAGAGAGGGGCACGAGGCUAAGAUGUUAAACACAGCGUGUGAAGCGGUGUAAGUAUGAGUCUUGUCAUUAGAUACUGUACAUAGUUUGACUCCAAAAUUGAAGACGUUUGCCAAACUGUUGUCUGAAAACAUAAUUUCCUUUCAGCUACGGUACAUGUUACCUGUAAAAUAUUCUACCAAAUAUGUAGGACUGUGUACUAUGUUAUGAUUUACAUGUUGUACUAUAUGGCCCUGGUGUGUGGAUUUGCUCCUCUUAGUGCCCAUGAUGCAGUUCUGUAUUCCUGUCUGGAGGCUUGGGAAACUGAUGUGCUGCUUGGUGUAUCAGAGGAUCUCUGUCAUUCUCGGAUCCUGAGUCAGUCGGUCUGGAGACCUGCUGUGUGUGUGUGUGUGUGUGUGUGUGUGUGUGUGUGUGUGUGUGUGUGUGUGUGUGUGUGUGUGUGUGUGUGUGUGUGUGUGUGUGUGUGUGUGUGUGAAGCAUCGUCUUAACACCAAUCAGCUGAUCCUAGAACUGUGGAGAAACCAAACCUGUGAGGCAAUGGACAUGGCUUUUGAUGCUGCUCAGGUCACAUUUAAUUCCAAGUUUUAUUAAAUUCUGUACAGUCUUAAUAUGCAAAGAAUAAACAAUGUAAUAUCUGA